GUCUCGGCGGGAAGUGAAUACAUUGCUGUGGAACAUGGCUGCUAAGCGGGGAGCUUUAGUGGUAUUGGAGGGAAUAGAUCGAUCCGGGAAAAGCACCCAGUGCAGGAAGCUACAACAGGCUCUGCAGGCGGAGGGCCAUGCCACUGAGGUCUUGCAAUUCCCGGACAGAAGCACCGGAAUCGGCGGCCUGAUCAGCUCCUACCUGAAGAAUACGAGUAAUUUCGACGAUCACUCUGUGCAUCUGCUGUUUGCUGCCAACAGAUGGGAACGAGUGCCACACAUUAAACAAAAAUUACAACAAGGGGUCACUGUCAUCGUGGAUAGAUAUGCAUUUUCUGGAGUUGCAUUCACUAGUGCGAAACCAGAUUUCACAUUGGAAUGGUGCAAACAACCAGACAUAGGUAUUCCAAAGCCUGAUGUAAUCCUGUUUCUUCAUCUUCACCCUUCGAUGGCUGUGAAGCGAGGGGGCUAUGGUAACGAGCGGUAUGAAAACUUUGCCUUCCAGGAGUCAGUACUUGAGCAGUUUGAAGAUUUAAUGAAAGAUGAGACCUUAAACUGGAAGAAGUUAGAUGCUCUUCAAAGUGUCGAAGAUUUACACCAGGAAAUACUGUCUCGGGUGAAGAAAACCAUCAGUAAAGUUGGUGAGGAGCCUAUCGGAGAACUUUGGAAAUAAAAUGCGUCUUCUGGCACAGAGGAUGAGAUUUGGGAGAGUGGAAAUGAAGGAGAUCAUUACACCCACUUUGUAUUCAAUUCUGUGUUCAUCCAUUCGCAUGUAUUCACACAUCAGCUGAUGUGGAAAUUCAAGUUUCUGGACUCAAGGGGAAUGUUCAAAGAGGUCACUUCAGCCCCUUCUUCUGAAAAGUAGUCAGUCAGUAAUAUAUUAUCAAAAUAAAACAGUCUAUAAUUUGGUCACCAGUCUCCCUCAUUUACUUGAGUCAUCCUGAUUGUUAGGAUGAAAGCUACUACACGUCUGGAUCUGAAGACCUUCAAUCAUUCAGAUUCCCAGCAUUGGAUCCCACAGAGCAAGGGUGAGCAUGUACUCUGCCAAAUUGGGGAAAUAAGCCUUUUCCUCUGUCCAGCGCCAAUGACCUCGAGCCCCUUCCUUCCCCCUCUUCCUGCGGUCUACCCGCUUCCAGCUGCCCUGAGCCAGUGCUGCUUAUGAAACAUGAACCAUUUCUCGCAUAGAAAGACAACGGCAGCGACUGCUGCUGUUCCUGAGAUGGGUACAGAUUAGUUAUCUGGUUCUAGUCAUCAGCCUGGGGGAAAACAAAUGUAUCCACCCUAUCAUAGUUUGCAAGAAUGUUGUAAGUUUCAGUCAGAUCCUCUCAUUCUUCAAAACUCCAGAGAAUACACUCACCAGGGCUUAUAUUACUUGCUCCAUCCAAAUUUGAAUUUCUCUUCUGCAAAUUCAGCAGUGCUAAAUUUCCAAUCAGAUCAGAUUUUUUGCAAAUCAAAAGCAAGGGGGUUAUGGGCAAAAGCAAGAAAAUGGAGUUCGAUCCCUGAUCAGAUAACAGCUGAUUGAGUGGCAGAACAGGUUUAACGGGCUAAAUGACCUACAUCUGUUCAACAGUUGCUUGAGCGGCGGACUUCGUGCCUUACUGACUUCAUUCAGAACUCACAGCAGCAUCUAUGAACAGCUCCUCACAGCCGUGUUUAUUUCCCCCUCCUCCCCACCCAAAGACAAAGUCGUUCAGCCCAUUAAUUCUACCAUAUGGUUCUAGAUCUCCUGCCAUUAGCCUGUUCUUGAUUGUUUCAUUUUAUUUGCCUUCAGAAAUCUAUUAAUUCCAUCUCAAACUUGCUGAAUGACUGGCUGAGUUUCCACAGCUCUGAGGGAGAGGAUUCACCAUCUUUUUAGUGAAUUAAUUUUUACUCAUCUCAGUUUUAAGAGGUCCACCGUUAUCCUGUGAUUAUGUCCCUUCAUUCUAAAGUCACCAGCCAGUUGUAACAUGAUAACAAAGUGUGAAGCUGGGUGAACACAGCAGGGAGGAGGGGAUAGGUGAGAGGAA